AUGGGAACGUGCCUUCUCAUAGCCGUUCCCCUCCUAACAUUCUUUUACUUGGAGACAAAGCAUCGAGCCACCACUGCUUGGGAGUAUCUUUGCCUGCGAUUUUCAAGUUUCUUCCUCAAUUGUUUAUCAGAAUCUGUUAUCAGUAAGUAGAUAGGAAGAGAAGAGCAAACGUUUUCAAUCUUAUUCUCGUCAAUGGCAUUGGGGUUUCAACAACAAGACUCUAUGACAACAAGAAACCGCAGUGCAAAUAAAACAAUUGAGUUUGCUAAUCAUGAAAGAGUAGAGGUAAGGAGUCUGGAAGAAGGGUUUAAAGGUUCAUGGCACCCAGGAACUGUUAUUGAUCAUUUUAAACAUGAUUGGGAUAUCAAAUAUGCUGUCAAAUACGAUAGUAUACUUGUGGAUGAUGGGCUUGACCAUCUUAUUGAUCAUGUGCAUGUUUCACAGCUUCGGGAUGAGAAUGAUAGUGCCACCAUCAACAUGUGUGAUUAUCGUGGACGCAUUAGGCCGUUCCCACCCCCAUUUCAGUUUGGCAAAUGGGAUCUCCAUUAUGGGAUUUGUGUGGAUGUCUGUUAUAGUGAAGGUUGGUGGGAAGGUGUGGUUUUUGAUCAUGAAGAUGGUUUAGAGGAGAGGAAGAUUUUUUUCCCAGAUUUGGGUGAUGAAAUGAUCUCACAUAUUGAUCAAAUAAGGAUUACCCAGGACUGGAGUGAGGUCGCAGGGACUUGGAAGAAUCGUGGGACAUGGUUGUUUCUUGAGGUGGUUGAGGAAAUUGAGCAAGAAAAUUAUAUUCCAAUUUCCAUAAAGCAACUUUGGUAUGAUUUGCGAGAGAAAGACAAUUUUCAUAAGCUUGCCGAGUGGACUUCUUCUGAUAAAGAUUUAUGGAAAAAUUUGGUGUUAGAGGCAAUUGAUGAUAACCUCAAAGUUGCUAUGGAUCAUCUUUUCCAGGUAAUAGGCCUUCCAGAAGGUGCAUUGGGGCUGUUGGAGUCGGCAAAAUCCUUGAAUAAUUGUUUAAAUACGAGUGUUUUGACUGAGUCAAACAUAACCUCCCAUGAAGAAGCAGCAUCUGUGAUACCUCAGGUUUCAUUGGUUUUGCCUUCUGAUUGGGAGGAAAAUUUUUCUGCUAACACAAUCAUUGAGGAAGAUUUUUCCAGUCCCAAUGCCAAUAAAAUUAACAGAAGUUCAAAAUGCAGAAGAUGGCUACCUGCUGGCAUAGACCUUGUUCCUGGAGCUGAAUUUUGCCCAAAUGCAAUUAUAGAAUAUGCAAAUAUGUGGGGAAAAAGGCAUCGAAGUGUAGAUCUCCUUGUUGAAGUUCGUAAGCAUCUUGCAUAUCUGAAGUGGAAAAUUGAGUACUGCAGAGAAAGAAUGAUAAGACUUCGUUACAUCUCACCUAAUGGGAAGGUGUACUACUCUCUUCAUGAAGUCUGUUUAAAUUUAACAAAAUCUCAUGCAGAUAUUCUUUCCUCAAUGUCCCAAGCUGAGGGUACUAAUCUUAGUUGCCCUGCUAAUUCGCCUUCUGUUUUCAGUGCACAACCAACUGUGAGUCAGGAUACUAUUGUUUCUUCUCAGUCUGAUGUAGUUGCUAUGGAGCCUGAAUAUUGCCCUGAAGCAGCUGUGAACUGGUAUAGAUUUGGAUGUGAGUUGAGAUUUAGAAGCAAGAUGAAGAGAGAAGAUAUAGAACAAAUGACCAUGAAAGCAAAGAAGCAUCUCUUAGCUUUGGGAUGGAGUUUUCGGUAUAGAAUCCGCAAUGGCAAGCGGGAGUUGCAAUAUUGUUCACCAGGAGGGAAAUGCUAUAAUUCACUUCGAACAGCUUGCAUGGGUUCUAUAAAUGAAAGAGAUCCCAGGAUUUGUGAUUCUGCUAGUACACAUUUUGAAAGGAAAACUGUCAGCAAGAUAGCAGAGGGACAGUCAACCAGUGAGAAAAUACCUACUGCAUUGAAUAAAAUGCCGUUCCAGGAUAUUGAAAAUUGUUCUUCUAUGACAUCUUGUAUGUCAAAGUUAAGAAAAAUCGAAAAGAAAGGAAAGGAAAAGUCAUAUCCUGCAUGUUACUUGCAUCAACAAAAAGCUAAUGCAGAUGAUCAGGACUUCCUCUUAGAGAUGAGGGAAGGAAGGAAAACCAGACCUUUGAUCAAAUUAAAAAAUACUAAAAGAGGUACUUGUCCUACUCAUGUGUUCCGAUCAAGCAAAAGGGUGCAGCACAUUGUGGCUCCUAAUCCCUCACAUCAGAAGCCUCGGACCAUCCUGUCUUGGUUGAUAGAUAAUAAUGUUGUUUUGCCGAGGGCAAAAGUGUAUAACUAUACUGCAAAGGGCAGGCAUCCAAUUACAGGUCGUAUAAAUCGUGAUGGAAUCAAGUGCAAUUGUUGUGGGGAGGUUUAUGGUCUAAAUAACUUUGCAUUUCAUGUAAGUGGCAAGUACUGCAGACCAGCUAUCAGCCUCUUUCUGGAAGAUGGAAGGUCUCUAUUAGAUUGCCAGAUGCAAAUAAUGCAUCGUAACAUGCAAAAUUUUGCAGCAGAAACACUUGAAAUAUUCAAGGACAAUUGUCAUCAAAGUGAGAAUGAUCACAUAUGUUCUGUUUGUCAUUAUGGUGGUGAACUAAUUUUAUGUGAUCAGUGUCCUUCCUCCUUCCAUAAAAGUUGCCUUGGUAUGGAGGCUGUUCCAGAUGGAGAUUGGUUCUGCCCAUCGUGCUGUUGCAAAAUUUGUGGCCAAAAUAAACUGAAAAGAGACACUGAACAUAUUUUGGAUGAUGAUAUGGUUCUUUGUUGUAAUCAAUGCGAGUGUAAAUAUCAUGUUGGAUGCCUAACGAUUAGAAAGGAAGAUGGCUGGGGAUACUUCCCAAAACAAAAUUGGUUUUGCAGUAAAAGUUGUGAAGUGAUUUUCUUCGGCCUACGUGAGCUUCUAGGAAAGCCAAUUCCAGUGGGUUCAAACAAUCUUACUUGGACAUUGUUAAAAUUCACCCAAUCUGAUAGUCAGAAACUCAAUUGUCAUGAUAUUGAGGCCCUGACAGAGAUCUACAGCAAGCUUAGUGUUGCACUUGAUGUGAUGCAUGAAUGUUUUGAGCCUGUUGAAGAACCUCUCACCAAGAGAGAUAUUCUUCGAGAUGUUAUUUUCAGCAAGGAGUCAAAACUCAACCGUCUUAACUUUCGAGGAUUCUAUACAGUACUUCUGCAAAAGGAUGAUGAGUUUAUUACAGUGGCCACUGUAAGGAUCUAUGGAGAAAAUGUGGCAGAAAUACCACUUGUUGGUACCAGAUUUCAGUAUCGUCGACUUGGAAUGUGUCGCAUUCUAAUGAAUGUGCUGGAAAAGAAACUCGAGGAAUUAGGAGUCCAGAGACUCAUUUUGCCUGCUGUUUCUAGCGUGUUAAAGACAUGGACCGGUUCAUUUGGGUUUUCGAAAAUGACAAACUCUGAGAGAUUACAAUUUGUGGCUUACACUUUCUUGGAUUUCCAGGAUACUGUAAUGUGCUACAAGCAAUUAAUGAAGAUACCUUCUGUUGAAUCACUGCCAUCAACAGUCAAACCCAGAUUACCUGAUGCUGCUACCGGAAGUGGUGGAAUUGUCAACCAAGGACAAGCAGAUGUUCCUGAGAGCAAUAACUGUAGCUGCAGUGAUGAGCCUAUGCAUUCGGUGAAACCAGUUGAUUCAGAAUGUGAACCGUUCACCGGGGCUGUCAAUGUGAAAAGCUCAGUUGAGGAUUCAACUUUGAAUAAGGAGAAAAGGGACAACAGCAACGGUGGUUCAAACACAUUUGACAUUAAUGGGAGUUUGAAGUGCUACAGACGGAGGACAUUAAUGUGAAUUUGAAUUGCAAUGUAAAGUUUUUUAUGUUUGUAUUAAAUUAUUCGAAUUCAAAUUUGAAAAUUAAAUUAU